AUGUCGGACAUUCCGCUGGACUCGGACAAGAUCCGGAAUAAAAGGCUUGCGAAACUGCAGCAAUCCCAACAGCAGCAGCCGCAGCCACAGCCAUCAGAGGAGGCCGCUUCAAAUCAAGAUGGCACGCAGUCGGCACCAUCAUCUCAGCCUUCUACACCUCAGAUCUCGACGCCGCAGCCUGCGACGCCCACGGAACAGGCCUCACCUUCCAUCAACGCAUCCAGUGCGCCGUCGCCUGCGCCGUCGACACGCAUUACCAUAACCCCCGCAAAUGUCACGCCGCAGAAGCGCGAGAUGGAUGGGAUAGACCGACCAGGGUCCAGACAGACAAUCAGGCCUAAUGAGACGAUUGAACAGUGGGAAGACCGCACGCUACGUAAUAUCUUCCGCCUGAGCCUUGAUUCCCAACAAACGAAGGAUAUCCACGGCCAGACGCUGCACCCCUUGCCACAGCUACGGGAAGAGCUCCUGGCUGACGGAAAGCCUUUGUUACUGAACAUUGAUCUGCUCGAACAAGCGAUCAUGGAGGCUGGAAGUACUCCUGGGAAAACUACGCCACACGACUGGCUAUUUGCUUGCUGGAAGAGAAUCACGCGGCUGAGCAAAGGAGUCAAAGAUCGAACUCCCGAGAAUAAGAAGUGGUCCAUCAUUCUGGAGGCGCAGAGACUAUGCAUGAGCUGGUGUCUCCUAUCUGUGACCACUCCGGAAGUGUUUGGGGCCGAAUACAAUGGCGAUGCCGCAUUGGCUGAUCAUCUUCUCGCCGAUCCAGAUGAAGACCGGGGAGUAUGCCGGGAUUUCCUAGAUGAGGCCGUGGCGCGAUUCGACGACGAUGAUACAAUCAAGCAGACAUUUGUGCGAGCCGUUGAGGAACUCAGUCGGAGACUUGCAAAGUUGACGAUGGAUAGCGACUACCGCCGUUACACCGCAAUGCUCCGGCAUCUGAUAAGGUAUAAGCCCGUGGCUGUUGCCAUUACACAGUCUCACAUGUUCGUCGACAAGUCGGUGCCGGCGGCGCAGUUAGAGGUUGCAACCUUGUUGGGCCCAUAUUUCCAAAUAUCCCCGCUUCAAGCAGAGGUUACCAAACAAUACUUUACGGGACCAAGGACGAUGGAUCCAGGUAGAAUCAGAAACGCUCAACAGUCUCUGCAGAUGGCUCUGAGGUCGCAUCAAUCUGAGCUGUUUGACAUUAUCAACACCUUGGUCCGUUCUUCGCCAGAGGCAAGAGAACAAGUCCUCAACUGGUUCGCUCUCAUUGUCAACUCGAAUCAUAAACGAAGAGCUAUGCGGGUUGACAAGACAACAGUGUCAAGUGAUGGGUUCAUGAUCAACGUUAAUACUUGUCUGGAUCAACUCUGUGAGCCUUUCAUGGACGCACAGUUUACUAAGCUCGACCGUGUGGACGUCGACUACCUGAGGAGACAUCCCCGGGUAGAUAUCAAAGACGAAACCAAAAUUAACGCGGACCAGGACGAGUCAGACGCCUUCUACAAGGAGCAGCUUGACGGACCCAACAACUUCAUUUCAGAGUGUUUUUUCUUGACAGUUGCUGCUCAUCACUACGGGUCCGAGGCUGCCCGCAGCAUGCUGAAGGACAUGGAUCGCGAACUCAAACAUAUGGCUAAACAGAUUGAGCAGUUUGAGACCGAAAGACACAAAUACGUCAACAACCCUCCACAAUUGACCAUGUUCGAAAAUGCCCUCAGAAAGUACAAGGAUCAGCAUGACAAGGGACUGGCUUACAAAUAUGCUGUACAGGGCGUCUUGCUGGACGAAUAUGCUCAAACACGCUCAAUGCAGUUUAUGCGAUUUGUGACGGUCUGGCUCCUUCGUCAAGUAUCUAGUCAUCGACAAUUUCCGAAAGAGAAGCUCACUCUUCCUUUGUCUCCCAAAGAGCCUGAUCAUUUCAAGAAUUUGCCGGAGUAUUUCCUAGACAUCAUCAGCGGCAAUUUUGGUUUCAUCAUGUACAACAUGCCACAGGUCAUUUCGCCAACACAGUCUGAUGAGCUCAUUAUGUUGUGCAUCACUUUUCUGCGGAAUUCGGAGUACAUCCGAAACCCUUACUUGAAGGCUUCGCUGGUGACGAUUCUGUUUCGGGGCACGUGGUCCUGGCGCCAGGGUGGUCGGGGCAUAUUAGCCGACCAGUACAACAGUUUACCUUUUGCUACAGAGCAUCUCCUACAUUCUUUGAUGAAGUUCUUCAUCGAGGCCGAGUUCAUGGGUGGCCACGGGCAGUUCUUCGACAAGUUCAACGUCAGAUUCGAAAUUUUCCAAAUCAUAAAGUGUAUUUGGCCCAACCCAGUAUACCGGGACAAUCUUCACCGGGAAGCAAAAGUUAACAUGGAAUUCUUUGUGAGGUUUGUCAACCUCUUACUCAACGAUGUCACUUUUGUGCUGGAUGAAUCUUUUACAUCUUUCCUUACCAUCUAUGACUUGUCCAAGGAACUUGCUCUUGCGGGUACAAGUCUAGAUCAACAGCAGCGGCAAGAAAAGGAAGAGGCUCUGGAGCAGGCUAAACAAAAGGCCAAAUCAUACAUGCAGUUGACCAACGAAACAGUGGAUAUGCUGAAGUUGUUCACCGAGGCUCUUGCCGAUGCUUUCACAAUGCCCGAAAUUGUACAGCGACUUGCAGAUAUGCUGGACUACAAUCUCGACGCAAUGGUUGGCCCAAAGAGCACGUCGCUCAAAGUCGACAAUCUCCAAGAGUAUAACUUCAACCCAAAAGCUCUGCUCAGUGAGAUCGUCGAUGUCUAUCUCAAUCUCGGGGAGAAGGAAAAUUUCAUCCUGGCUGUGGCCCGUGAUGGACGGUCAUACAAGCCAGGGAAUUUCGUUGCAGCUGGAAAUAUCUUGAAGAAGUUUGUUCUCAAAUCGCCACAGGAACUCAACAAGUGGGCCCAACUGAUUGAAAAGAUCAAGAAGGCCAAAGAAGAAGAUGAGGCAGCGGAUGCCGAUCUUGGGGACAUCCCAGACGAGUAUCUUGAUCCUUUGAUGUAUACUCUGAUGGAAGACCCGGUCAGAUUGCCUGUGAGCAAAAUUGUGAUUGAUCGUAGUACGAUUCGCAGUCAUCUGCUGAGCGACCCACAUGAUCCCUUCAAUCGAGUCCCCCUGAAAAUUGAGGACGUCAUUCCUGCUACCGAUGUCAAAGAACAAAUCGAUAAGUUCAAGCAGGAGCGGAUCGGGACCAGGAGGAGAGAUUUCGUCGAAACGGUCAAGACAGAAGCUGGUGGCAAUGCCGAUGGUGAAGCCCCCAAUGCACUUGUUGCCAACGAAGAUAGCGGUGGUGAGCCUAUGGCUCUCGACCCAUGA